UCAUUGUCAUUCACAUGGUUCAACUCAACUCCACCCAACUAAAACCUACGCAAUCCGUGCAGGGCAGAGCUCCUUCUGAGAAGACUAGAACUUUACUGGAACUGUAGCAGAGAGGACAGAGAAAAUACCUGUAGUGAAUUUGGAUCCCAGGAAUUGGCCACUGGUGGGCAUCGUGGUGCUUCAUAGGCAGUCAACCAUACAAAAAGAAGAACUUUACACCCUUCUUGUCCAAUAUAAAACCAGAGUCCAAUUUCCAUCAUUUCACAGGAAGCUAAGAACUUCUUACUUGUUCGGGAACUUGAACCAUGAAUUCAUAGAGAUUCUCAAAAGUACGGAAACUAAGUCUGUGCGGACAAAAUCUUCUGGAAUCAGAAUCCCUCUGUCUUUAAUACAGAAGCCAUCAUUCCUGAUUAGUCCCUGAUGGAGAUUUCAGCGAUCACAGAAGACUACUAUACAACCACAGAAUUUGACUAUGGUGACUCCACUCCAUGCCAAAAGGCUGCUGUAAGAGCCUUUGGGGCUGGGCUCCUACCCCCCCUGUACUCCAUGGUGUUCAUCAUUGGAGUAAUAGGCAAUGUCCUGGUGGUUUUGGUGCUCAUGCAGUACAGGAGACUUCGAAGCAUGACCAGCAUCUACCUAUUCAACCUGGCCAUCUCUGAUCUGGUCUUCCUCUUCACUUUGCCUUUCUGGAUUGACUACAAGCUGAAAGACAACUGGGUUUUUGGUGAUGCCAUGUGUAAACUCCUCUCUGGGUUCUAUUACCUGGGCUUAUACAGUGAGAUCUUCUUUAUCAUCCUUCUGACGAUUGACAGGUAUCUGGCCAUUGUCCACGCAGUGUUUGCCCUGCGGGCUCGGACUGUCACUUUUGGCAUCAUUACCAGUAUCAUUACCUGGGUCCUAGCCAUCUUGGCCUCCAUUCCCGGCUUAUACUUUUUCAAAGCCCAGUGGGAGUUCACGCACAAUACCUGUAGUCCUCAUUACCCCUAUGACAGCCUGAAGCAGUGGAAACGGUUUCAGGCUCUGAAACUGAACUUCCUUGGGCUAAUUUUGCCUCUGUUAGUCAUGAUCAUCUGCUACACAGGGAUCAUCAGCAUUCUGCUCCGACGACCCAGUGAGAAGAAGGCCAAAGCAGUGCGUCUGAUAUUCGCUAUCACGCUUCUCUUCUUCCUCCUCUGGACACCCUAUAAUCUGACUGUGUUUGUUUCUGCUUUUCAAGAUGUUCUAUUCACCAAUCAGUGUGAGCAGAGCAAACAGCUGGACCUGGCCAUGCAGGUGACCGAGGUGAUUGCCUACACCCACUGCUGUGUCAACCCAGUCAUCUAUGUCUUUGUGGGUGAGCGGUUCCGGAAAUACCUCCGGCAGCUGUUUCAAAGGCAUGUGGCCUUACCCCUGGCAAAAUGGCUGCCCUCCUGCUUCGUGGACCAACCAGAAAGGGCCAGUUCCAUGUCUCCAUCCACAGGAGAGCAUGAGCUCUCUGCUGGCUUCUGAUUCAGACUCCUGGGCAUCAGCCAUGGUCUGGGAGAGAGAGAGGAGACAGCACAUGGCUCUCCAGGGCAGACACUGGAGCUGUCACAAUGAGGACUAACAAUCUUAUAGGGUCAGGGGGAACUUAAAGGUGGUUGGCUAUAAGUCAUCUCUUUAACACUUUGCUUGAAUGUCUCUCUGUUGGAUGGAUGAGCAAAGUGGUAUGCUGUAGACUCUGGGAUAAUGGGUCCCAAUGAAGGCCUGGGGCCCAAUGUGAGUUAGGAUCUGUGGUUGUUAACAAACAAAGCUGAACUGAACUUUUUUUUUUUUUGGUUUUAUGAGACAGGGUUUCUCUGUAUUGUUUUGGAGGCUGUCGGUGAACUGAACUUUUACUAAACUCCACUCCUAAUUAUGUGACAUUCUGAGAAAAUUUCAAGAGAAGUAUUGUAAUAGAAAAGAAUUUUGCAUACUUGCAUAUUGACAUUCAUUAUGAAAGAUGUUAUGCCAAAAAUUUAAACUGUAACAAACUUAAGUUAAUUCGUCUGGUUAUUUUGAAAUAAUAAGCAAAGAUACCACUAGAUCACAGAAUAAAUGCAAUGGCAUUAGUAUAAAAAUACUGACCACAAGGAGUUAACAAUAAAAAUAAUCCUUUGGUUACAAAAA